CCCUCUUCUCCUUACCACAAUCCGACUGUACACUCACUGGAACCCCUCCAUCCCAAGACCGAAUUAACGACAACUGCACACGCGGCUGUACAGCAUCAUUUCAACACCCAUUAGACCAGAGAAGAGAUUUGCCAAUCACCACUAUAGCGCAUAUCAUGGCAGACCCAGAACCAGCCCAGCGUCCAGCUACCCUCGAUGCACAGCUCGACGAGCUCGACGCCCACAUCGCUGAGCUGACGGCCGCCGAUGACCCCUCCCAGCACUUCAACCCUGACCUAUUCGACCGUAUCAACUACCAGCUUGGUCCCGUCUCAUACCCAGACCUCACAGCCCGCUUCCUCCCACGGCUGGGCCUUAUCCUCAAGAAAGUCGCCGCCGCCGAGUCAGCCCAGGCCGAGUCCCAGGCAGAGUCGACGAGAGGCUACCCGCCGCCCCUCAUCACUCUCACCAUCAAGCUGCUCCGGCCUGUCCCCUUCACUGCUGCCCUUGAGCUCUGCCAGCCCUCAUAUCUCAUCACAGCCCUGCAGUCCCCCGAGGAGUACAUCAACGCCCUCGCCCUAGCCAUCCUCGAGAAGGCCGCCGCCUCCCCCUCCGACGCCUCCAUCCUAGCCGCCACCCCAGGCCUCCUCGAGGCCUUCCUUGAGCGCUGGCUCCUGUCCCCCUCCGUCUCCGUCGGUCACUCGGGUGUGCUCAUCCUCGGCGACCUCCUGGACGUCGACUGCCCCCUCUCCCAGCCCGUGUUCACCGAGGACCAGAAAGCGUGCCUCGACAUCCGCCUCGUCUCUCGCACCGCCCAGGGCCACGGCGCAGUCUGGCGUCGCCUGUUCGGCCCAGGCGACAGCAGCCUGUGCUGGUCUCUCCUCCACAGGCUCGACGCCGACCUCCUACCCCCCUCGUCCACGGACCCGCGCGCCGUCGCCCAGCGCAGCUACGCCCAGGGCCGCCUCCUCCGCCUCGUGCCGCGGCUGGCCGUGCUCGACUUCCAGGCCCUGACGCAGUGCACGGCACCCGUCGCCGCCCCGGCUGGCUCCGGCCCCGUUUCCCUGCUGGACUUUGCCACGCUGCACAUGGUCGACCGUGCGGGCGACGAGCUGAUGCGCCUGACCUGGGCGGACUACGUCAUGAAGCUGGUGGGUGCCUUGCGCGUGGCCGACACGGCGCGUCUGAGCGUGGAGACCCUCAGGAGGUUGGUGAGGGAGGCGGACGACGAGGGCCUGAGGGAGGCGCUUUGGGCAAUGCCGGACAACCUGGUCUGGACGCCCAUCGGCGAGGGGGAUGCGAUGAGGGCCUGGUUAAGGGAUCUCGUGCCUCGGUCUGCUAUGAGGAUCGCAGGCAUGCAAAGGUGA